CAACCCGACCCGACAGCACUAUCCCCAUCGCCUCUCUCGCUCCCACCCGCGCUCUCGACGAUCGAAGCUUCCGGCCGCGAUGUUGCCGUGCCGCCCGCUGGCGCCGCCGCCGCCGCCGCUGCCUCGUGCUCUCACCUUCGCGCGGCUCCCGCCGUCGUCGCUGCGCGUGGUGCGGUGCAUGGCGAAGGAGCGGCGGGUGCGGAUGGUGGCGAAGCAGAUCCAGCGGGAGCUCGCCGACAUGCUCACGCGCGACCCCGUCCUGCAGCGCGCGGUCCUCCCCGAGGCCGCGCUCGGCGCCGACCGCUACCUCUCCUCCCUCACCACCAUCGCCGACGUCGAGCUCUCCAACGACCUCCAGGUGUGCAAGGUGUACGUGUCCGUGUUUGGAGACGAGAGGGGGAAGAAGGUGGCCAUUGAUGGCCUCAAGGCCAAGACCAAGUAUGUCAGGAGCCAGAUUGGCAAGCGGAUGAAGCUGCGCCUCACGCCAGAGAUACGGUUCAUCGAGGAUGAGUCCAUGGAGCGUGGAAGCAGGAUCCUUGCUAUACUUGACAAACUGAAGGAGGAAAGGGAGCAACAAGAAGGAAAAGAUGGGGAGGAAGAUGCAGAAGGUUCAUAUAUAUCAGAAGAAGAAGAUGGUGACUGGGAUGCAGACGAGCCAGAUGAGGAGGACAUCAUUUAUGUAAAAUAACCACAUUUUCUAGGAACCUGGUCAUCAUUCAUCCUUCCAUGGAACACUGCAGUGCCUGGACUCGAAGCUAGGUUGUGUGAGUACCUCCCUAAAGGGUUCGGUACUCCCCUCUCGUAAGACAAAGCCAAGGGAAUGUGUCCAACCAUGCUCGAGUUUUUUGUUAUUCUGUGUUUAUAGAUUGACAUCAAGUUGAAGCACUUCUAAUGCAUAAUACACUGCUGUGUGUGCCAUGUGGAAAAUUAGGUUGGGAACAACUGCUGGAUUUUUCUGAAAAGUAAACAAAUUAAAUUCAAUCAGAGGACAAAUGGCCAAAUGAAACUGAUAUGACUUUUAACAAAAAUGAAAUGUAGACCAAGAAAACGACUCAAGAGUCAGAGGAGAGGACAGGACAUGAUAAUAGCAUCACAUAUAUACUGAAUUUUUGUUUGUUAUUCGAAGUUGCGCUAAGCACAUUUGGUUUAAGUUGUUUUAGUUGUUCAGCAAACAGAGUGUCUAUUGCAGCCACAAGAUAAGUGUCGAAGAGAUACAUCUUUUAUUCUCAACUUCAUGUGUUUUACUUAGAAGAUAUGAAUGAAUAAUUGCUCAGCUCCUUCACAUACUAUUUCUUAUCUGACUGCGUUAGAGGCUACCAGUUGUACUGA